AUGGCAGUAAUACCUUCAGAUAACUCCUCAACUUCCACCUUGGAGGGAGGAGACCUCACAGAUGUCGACAAAGAACAGCCCAAUCAGCUUGAGCCCAUCAGCCGCGUCUCUCAGCCAGCCGGUGUAAGAAGGACAUCGACCGCUGGCAGAUCGCAGAACAACCCCGACAAGGAAGUUUACGAUCCCAAUCUGGACGUCAACCUGCCAUAUGGCACUCUCAACAGCGAUGCCAAUCUUGACGAAUACCGCGUGGAGACCCGCACGGGAACCAUCCCAGGGCCGGUUGAGCCUCCUUCAGUUGCUCAAGCCUCCGGCGGCAAAGGUGGCGAGAAGCACUACAAGCUCGUGACAUUUACCGACGAUGACCCCGAGAACCCCAAGAACUGGUCCAAGGCAUACAAGUGGUACUGCACCAUGGUUGUCGCCCUUACGUGUUUCGUCGUUGCCUUCUGUUCUUCGGUCAUCACGGCGGAUCUGAUUGGAGUGAGCAAGACCUUUCACGUCAGCAUGGAGGUUUCUUUCCUCACGAUCACGGUAUUCGUUGUUGGCUUUGGCGUGGGUCCCAUGGCUUUUGCUCCCCUGUCUGAAAUCUUUGGACGACGAGUCAUCUACGCCUCGACACUUCUAAUUGCAGUCGUCUUCACCAUUCCAUGCGCUGUUUCCCAAAAUAUUGGAACCUUGAUUGUCUGCCGAGCCAUCGACGGUAUCGCAUUUUCGGCUCCCAUGACUCUGGUCGGAGGUACACUUGCAGAUUUGUGGAGGAAUGAGGAGCGUGGUGUUCCCAUGGCCGCCUUUUCCGCCGCUCCGUUUAUUGGACCUGCUAUUGGCCCUCUUGUUGGUGGUUUCCUCUCUGAUGCUGCUGGCUGGCGCUGGCUGUACUGGAUCCAGCUUAUCCUUUCCGGCGCCGUCUAUGUUCUUAUCACCUUUACCGUCCCCGAGACAUACGCACCCACCAUUCUGGCUCGCCGCGCCAAGAAGCUUCGCAAGGAGACUGGUGAUGAGAGCUACGUUACUGAGCAGGACAUUGACGAGAAGACCAUGGGCGAGCGAAUCAAGGUCUUCAUGAUCCGACCCUUCCAGCUGCUUUUCAGAGAACUCAUUGUGCUUCUCAUUUCGCUGUACAUGAGUGUUCUCUACGGUCUUCUCUACAUGUUCUUCGUCGCCUUCCCUAUUGUGUACCAAGAGGGCAAAGGCUAUUCUGCCGGUAUCACCGGUCUCAUGUUCAUCCCUCUGGCCAUCGGUGUUGUCAUGUCUGCAUUCCUCUCCCCGCUGGUCAACAAGCACUACCUCAAGAUGUGUGCCAAGUACAACGGCAAGCCUCCUGCGGAGAUCCGUCUGAUUCCCAUGAUGUUCUCUUGCUGGUUCAUCCCCAUUGGAAUGUUCAUCUUUGCAUGGACCUCGUACACGGAUCUUGACUGGGUCGGACCCGCCUUCGGUGGAUGGCCUGUCGGCUUUGGCUUCAUCUUCCUCUACAACUCUGCAAACAACUAUCUGGUCGACUCCUACCAGCACCAAGCCGCCUCUGCCCUUGCCGCCAAGACGUGUAUCCGAAGUUUCUGGGGUGCCGGCUGCGUUCUGUUCACAGAGCAAAUGUACCACCGACUCGGCGACCAGUGGGCUUCUUCGCUUCUGGCAUUCAUCGGUCUGGCUUGCUGCGCGAUUCCCUUCUUCUUCUGGUUCUUUGGCGCCAAGAUUCGUGCUCAUAGCAAGUAUGCUUACGGCGGCGACGACGAGAUGGUGAACCCUGAGGCGCCUAAUGAUCUUGAAAAGUCCCGAACCGGUAAUGGCGCCGGUCGUCAAGACGAUCUCGACUUGACCAGGGCGAGGAGCUACGUCAGCAACCCAUAA